CCAUCUACAUUUUACUGACAACCGUUGACAGAGUAUCGCGUUGAGUUUAUUUUUGUUGUUGAUUUUUUUUUUGGUUUGUGUUUCUUUUUUUUUUGAAUAAAUACUUACGCGAAAUGUUCGCCUUGGCCUUAAAGUUGGCGAUACUGGUGGUGGUCAGCCAGCAGGAUAUUGGUUGCCAUGCCCAGCUAUCCUUUCACACGGACGCCAAUACGAAUUCGUUCACCUUGAAGACACCCGGACUGCAGCAGACCUUCACCCGUUAUUAUGGCUCCGGAACGAGCCAGCCCCUCGCUGAGACUCCGACUUCAGCUCCAGCUCCAGCUCCAGCUCUGGCUCCAGCAGCGGCACAAAUUCCGUUUCAAUCGCAGCAGUUUGCACAGCAGGAACCACUGCAAGUCACCAGUUCCUUUGCUGGCGGCUUUGGUCCUUCGAGCCUCCAAUACCCGGGUGCCUACCAACAGGCAGCCACCGUUAGCGGCAAGCAGCAGAAGGCAGCAGCCGCCCCCCAGCAGUCGCAACAGUUCCUAGGCCAGCCACCCCUCGCCACCAAUCCCCCCAUCCUGGGCGGACCAGUGGGCGUGGGUGUGGCCAGUAUGCCCAGCUAUGCGGACCAAAUGCACGCCGCCUUCAUCGACUACCAGCGCCAGAGGAUGGAGUUCGAACAGCAACAGCAGCACCUGCUGCAGAAGCUCUACCACUACUACCCGGACGUGUCGGGCUCCUUGCCGGCCAGCCAGCUCCAGGCGCAGCCCAGCGAGGGGGGACUGCCACUCUCAUCGCCGUCGUUGGCGGGUGCCCCCGCGGCAGUUGCCUCCGGCACGGCACUGGGAUUCGGAGCUGGAUCCGGAUCGAGGGGAUCCGCCGGCGUCACCUCGUCCCGAUUCGCCUACCGGCGACCGCACUUCAGCAGCAAUGGUCUCCAGCCGGGUGCAGAACGCGGAUCGGUAGCUGCCGCAGCAGCAACAGCAGCAAGCGCAAGUCCAAGCUCUAACUUUGGUUUCUCGACGGGAUCACCCAGUCAACAUCGCAUCCCCGGAAGCGUCGGCGACUUCUAUUCCACGCAACAGCACAUGGGCUUCAUGCAGCAGCAGCAACAGGACGUGCUCCGGGAUCAGCAACAGUCGGUGGCCCAUCAGUUCGCCACCAGCCAGCUGGCGCCCACCACCCGCCAGAGCUACGGCAUGGCGGUGCCCAUGUCCUCUGUCCUGGGCACACCCUCCUUCCAGCCCUCGGCCGAUGUUUCCCACGUCAGCUUCUCGAGUGGCAACCUCAACUAUAGUUUUUGAAUGCAACUCCGCCGGCGAUAGAGCUCGGGAUUCCAGUUAGUCCCUUUGGAACCUAAAACUUUGGAAGAACAAAAAAUUGGAGAGAAGUGUUCUGCCCGCCAUCUUCCAUACCCUCCCCCCAUUAACUCGUGUACCUGGCGGAACUUUCUCCUCUCCUAGUAUUCUCGAUGAUUAGUCAUUUUCCCCCCGUUGAUAUUUUUUGCGAAAUUUGUUGUGGUAUAGAGAUAAUAUAUAUGAUUUAAGAGGAAUUGUGUAGGGCAGCAAGAAUAAAAUUUGUAAGUGAUUGAA